CGCAGAGUCGCAGACGCACACCUCACCUCAAGUGAUAAACACGCUUCUACAACUGCGUCUAACGAGUAUAUCGAUUCGCGAUUAAAUUAUUGACAUUUCCAAACAAAUAAACAAAAGAGCGGUCGACCGAUGCGCAAGCGCCACGCGACGCGUCACAUUAUCACGUUCAACGGAGCGCUGUAAGAGCUGAUCGUCUGAUAGUGUGGUGCGGAGGCGCGGGACCGCCGCCGGCGCACGCUGCGAACCACCGUGCGAGCCGCGAGUGCGCCCUCAGUCGCGACCAUGUUGACAACGAGCGCCGUCGUAGUGCUGGUGCUGGCGCUGUGCGCCGCAGACACCGGCAGCCCGGGCCCCGGCCAGGGCCCGCCAGCCACCAGCGCAGCGCCCGCGCCCACCCAGCUGGACGUCGCCAACGACACGCUGCCAGCUGAACAAUACUUCAUUGACAAAAUAUUUGACAAGUACGGAGAUAAAGGCGUCAUUACAUUUGAGGGUUUCGAGCAUCUGUUAGACAGCCUGGGGCUCGGUGGCCGUGUGUUCACGUCGCCGCACGACCUCGCUAUCCAUCGCAUCAACGGCACCUUCCGACAGCUGCAUGACCAACAGCACAGGCACCGCAGAUCUCCACCUCCUGCUGAACCCAUCUUGCAAAAACCAUGUCUGUCCCCGAGAGAAAUUUUGGAAGUGUAUGGGAUGGAAAAUGAAGCACCUGGAGUGAUAACAAUCAGGCCAAAAACGUUCCUGGAAAUGUGUCCCGCCUUAGUAUAUCAGCUAGAUCAACGGUCUUGUUACAAAACAGAAGCACCUGCACCGAAAUUGGACAAGUUUUGGACUUGGAUAUAUGCCACAUUAAGUAUAUUAGUCAUCAGUGCAACGGGGCUUCUCGGAGUAGCAAUAGUGCCAUUACUAAAGUCGGUGAUAUUCAGCCACGUUCUGCACUUCCUGGUGGCUGUAGCUGUCGGUACUCUGUGCGGAGACGCUCUCCUGCAUCUACUGCCGCAUGCACUGAAAUCACACGGCCCUCCCUCAGCCCCGCAGGAAGAAACCGAAGUUGUUUUAAAAUGCAGUGUUACCUUCCUUACGAUUUUACUUUUCUACAGUGUCGAAGCAAUAAUGCAAACAAUAAAUGGAGGUCACGCACAUUCUCACGAUUCGGGAAUAUCAGUGACCGACAUGAAAUCGGAUUCAGGAAAACAAAUAGAGCCAAUAGAACUCGGCGCAAUGAUGCCGGGUUCACCUCCGCCGCCGGUCGAUCGACCGAUGACGUCUACAGCGCUCAUGGUGAUUGUAGGAGACGGACUACACAAUUUGACAGAUGGGCUAGCAAUUGGAGCGGCCUUUAGCGGAGAUCCGGUAACUGGUUUCGCAACAGCAUUGGCCGUGUUUUGUCACGAGCUGCCUCAUGAGCUCGGAGAUUUCGCUGUGCUGUUACGCUCCGGAAUGAGUAUCAAGCGUGCACUUUAUUAUAAUCUACUUUCUUCAGUGCUCAGUUUUAUGGGCAUGGCAGGUGGAAUCUGGCUUGCAGAAGAUCAUGAAUCUGCAUCCCAGUGGAUCUAUGCCGCAACAGCCGGAACAUUCUUUUACAUAGCACUUGCAGAUUUAGUGCCAGAAAUUAACGAGAACAACCAUGGCAAAAGUAUUAAUUUACUACUCGCAAUUUUGGGAAUACUCUCGGGUGGCAUUAUAAUGUUAAUGAUUGCUCUUCACGAAGAUUCAAUUCAAUAUCUUUUUAGAAAUGCAGAACAAUAAACCUUAGUCAAAUUAAAAACAAUGCUCGGUUAUGAAUACUUAUAUGACGUGACUUGACGUGUGCGUUAGUGAGACUACUGUGCGUUCAUGAGAUGUUUUUUGUCAAAAGUGGUUAGGUAAAAAAAAUAUUAUGCGUAGCAAUAUGUUGAAAUAUUGUAUCAUGUCGGUAACGAAGACGCAGUGUCUCCUCGGCUUCGAUUAAAAACUAAACGCUGGAAGCGUUUAUAUUAUGAGACUAUCAAAGUGGUUUUUGUGAAAAUAUUUUUGCAGUACAUGUUAUGUGAUAAUAUUCGUACUCAUGGUUGUUAAAUUGUAUCUAGUAGGUACUGUCUAUAAGUUAAGACAAUACUUUCUCUCGAAAGGGGUUUUGUAAAUUUUGAAUCAGAAUUAUGUUUAGUAUGUAAGUAUACCUAUGUAAGAAUCUUUUAUUGGCAAUGUUAAUUGCAUUAUUUCGGUUUACAUAACGAUAAUUGAUAGAGGUAUUUUAGAGACAAUCCUUAGGUAAUGUUACUUAUUGAAGAUAGGAAAAAGCAUUCCAAUAAUUGUGAGGUUGUAAGAAUGAGGACUAUUUAUUAAGUAGUUCAUACCAAAAUUCCAAAUAGGUAGGUAUAUCCGCUGAUCACGAUACAAUAGGUAAGGAGUUAAUUUCAUGCCAAUUUAAUGCCAAUAAAUUCAUAAAAUUCCUUGUGUCAUUAUAAUCAAGUUAAAGCAGUGUUAAUUUUUGUUGCUGACCAAACAAAGUUUAUCGAGAUCAGGCGACGUUAACGUUUUCUCAAUGUUAAGUUCCUAAAGUCAAGUUUUUUAAAAUAAGACAGAACUUUUUUAUAAUCGUCGCAACUGAAUGCUACAGGUAUGUAAUGUACCUACCUAAUACAGUUAAUUAAGAUAGUGAUCAUGUGAUGUAUCAACCAUAAUUUAGCUGGUAAUCUACUUACCAAAACUGCUGAUGAAAGUAUUAAGAUGAUAAGUAUUUAUUAAAAACAACAUAAUUUUAGAUGCCCAUAAUGUUGUAAUUGCCUGUUAUUUCGUUUUUGUGUAAAUAGAAGUUUUUUUUUUAAAGAUAUGUCAUAAUAAUAAUUUACUUACGUAAUUUUUAAAA